UGUUGGCAGAUAAAUUGAGGUGCAUUCAUAUUUCAAGUGAAAGAAAAGGAAAGAGAGGGGGGAGGGAGGGGAAGCGAGAGACUGUCCUGUGUCUCUGGGAAAUAGAGAGGAAUGAGGGGGAAAAAAAACUCCCCCAACUCCUCAGGCAAGCCCCAACACACAGCUGUACAAGCACAGAGAAGGAGAUCUGAACACACAGAGCAAGAGAGCGAGAGAGAGAGAGAGAGAGAGAGAGAGAUCUAAAUACAGAGAGAGAUUUGACCACGACGAGAGAACUGAACACUGAGAGAGAGGGAGAGAGGAGGCGAGAACUAAACAUAGACAAAGAUUUAACCACAAACAGAGAGAGCUAUCUGAAGACUUAUCAUAGAGAGAAAGAAAGGAAGAGAAAAAGAGAGAGAGAGAGAGAGAGAGAGAGAGAGAGAGAGAGAGAUCUGAUCAGAGAAAGCAAUCAAUAGUUGUCCUUGAAUGGAGUUGAAGAGAAUCUGGGAGUUGAGGUUUUGAGCCGGAGACAGAAGUGUGUUCUUGUGGAUCUGUAUGCAUGUGUGUGAUGGCCGUGGAGCUGAUCGGGACGAGCCUGAGUGUGUGUGAAGCCCCGAAGACCGAAGAGGAAGGCUGAGGAUGAAUUACGGAUACGCGCGCUAAUCAUAAUGAGCGGAGAUGUUCUCUAGCUGAGCUCUUUCACAUCGUACAAGUCUCCGCUUCUAAAUUUCCGCACGUGUGUGUGUAUGAGUGUGUGUGUGUUGGAGCGCAUGGCCGUGGGCAGGCUGGUGCUGGUGGCCGUUGCCGUGGCGCUGGUGUCACUGGUGCUGAACGUGGUGGCGGCGCUGGGCUCGGGCUGGACUCUGCAGGAGCUGGACGGGGGACGCAAGCGCAGCGUGGGGCUCUGGAAGAUGUGUAUGCAUGAUACGGAUACACACACGCAGUCACAAGCCCCCGUCACCAGCCCACCCUGCCAGACCCUCGGCUGGGGAGCCGACCUCGCGGGAAAGAUGGAGUCACACAACACUGUCAAACUUCAGUUCGACAUGAUGCGGGCGUGUAACCUGAUGGCGACGGUGGCUCUCACUCUGGGUCAGCUCAUCUUCCUGCUGGGGAUUCUGAAGAUAAAGUGCAUUACCCAGGAUUCCCCUUGGUGGGAGGAGGCCAUCGCUGCCCUGUUCCAGCUGGCCAGUUUCAUGCUGGUGAUCGGUCUGGUGUCGUUCUACAGGAUCGGGCCGCGUACAAACCUGUCGUACUCGUGCUACGUGAACAUCGCGGCGUGCCUGUUGGCCACGCUGGCCGCCGCCAUGCUGAUCUGGAACAUUCUGCACCGGCGGGACGACUGCACGGGACCGCCCGUCAUCGUCAUCAGGCGCUCGCUCGCCAUGAACUUCACACCGCGCAUAGAAAACGAAUAUGUGGAGUCGCCGUGCUGACACACACACACAUAGACAAAGGCACAACACGCAUGUGGAACUCUUACGGCAGAGCCACGCACACACACACACACACACACACACACACACACACACACUGAAAAAUAAGUUUUAAGGACUUAAGAUAUAUAACUAGCUAGCUAACUGUAAAGUAAUAUUUAAUAACAGCAACAGCGCUUCUGAAUUCUGAUUGGCCAGAAGGUGUUGAUUAGUUUUCUAUAACAGUAGCUCUGACAGUAGUGCAGGUUUAUAUUAACGCACUCGCUCUACUUGGUUUGAUUUCUAUAGUAUCAGCUCGUUCACAGCGGCGUGUGCCGUACCCUGCCAUGUAUGGAAGGAGUCUCCAGUCUCAGCGCUUUGUAACAGCUGUAGCUUUAUGUUUUCAUCGUCGCCAGGACAGAGGAGUCUGCGCUACUCAGCAACGUUAAAGAGAAAAAAGAGAGAAGAAGUGAGGAAAUGACUGGAACUAACUAUAAACAAGUAACAUGUAUUGUGUGUUCCUCAGGAGAUGCACAAUAAGUCUGACGUAGGAGGAAUAAAACCUUUAGCGAGGUUCUGUUACAGGAAAAUAAUCAACACUGGGGCGUUAAUGGGAACUUUGCUUCAUCACACCACAUCACUUUGCAUUUUGCUAUAACACACACACACACACACACACACACACUUGUAUAUUAGUUAAAUAACUUAUGCAAUGUAUAAUAUUUAUAAAUUAUAAAGAUGUUGGACAACACAGAUUCUUAUUAGUGGACACACAGAAGCUUCAAGUGUUAGAGGACAAUAAAACAUAAAGCACACACUCUCUCUCUCAAACACACACACACACACACACACACAGGAGGACCUUGCUUGUAAUAUGGACCUUCUGGUGUUGCUCUCAGUGUGGACCGAAGUGAUCUUAUCCCUGUUAGCGGAGCUCCUUCAUGGAUAUCCCGUACAUCAACCCCGCCCAUGCCCCCGCCCCUGCCACGCCCAUCUGUCUCUUCCCGCAGAUCAAGCUGGAUCUUGACUUUAAUCUAUUCUCCACACUCACAGCUAUUUUUUUAAAAUAUAUAUAUAAAGACAGUAAAUGUAUAAGUUGGUACCAAAAAAGGAAUUGUAAAGUCAGUGAUGUGGUCUUCAACACUUCAACCCGCCGGCUGUAGGUGAUCACUAACAGAGUGUAGAUCUUUACAGCAGCUCAGUAUCGUAGAGACGGCGCGGCGUCUCGUCACUAGUCUGCUUAAGGUACCUGUAUUUAACUCUAUAGAGUUGUGCUGAGUAUAUUAUAGAAUUUAAUUCCAGAUAUAAUAUCCCACGUACACACCAGCACUCUAUACAACCCGUCACCUUUACCCUGAUCAGGAAUUAUUAUUAUUAAAAAAAAAAAAAUGAAUGACAUAUUAUUAAAAAUAAAGAUAAUAAUAAUAAUAUAAUAAUAAUAAAAACUUUACUACAACUGUUUUCAGUC